CAAACCCGUUAUCUACGUCGAUAGGCGACUCGAUAGACAGAUAGACUUGUCCAUAACCCCGCCGCUUGCCGUAAUCCAUAAUCGAGGCCAGCUAGCAAAAGAAUCAAUUCCGAUCCCCCUCCCCAAGCCCAUCGCGUACCGACGGAAACGAAACGAUCUCGCGUCUUUCUCCCUUCCCCCCCCCCCAGUAAUCGACUAGGCGGGUAUGGCGGACACCGAGUCGCCAGAGGGCCCCAGCGAGCCCCAGAGCCGCCACGUCCUCUACUGCGGCGUGUGCACCCUACCUCCCGAGUACUGCGAAUACGGAGGGACCGUCAAGAAGUGCCAGGACUGGCUCGAGAAGGCCCACCCAGAUGUGUAUCGGGUCAUAUGGUCUCCUGAAGCGCUAGAAGCCGCGACGGCGUCGUUGUCGGUUGAGGCGCAGAAGCGCGCCGCGAAGGACGCGCAGAAGAAGGCGGCGCAGGCGGAGAAGGCAGAGCAGAAGCAGGCGGACCGGAUCGCCAACAGCGUGGUGACCAUCAAGCGGGUCGAGCGCAACAAGCGCAAGUUCGUCACGGCCGUCGUCGGGCUCGAGGCGUUCGGCCUCGACCUCAAGAAGGUGGCCAAGGAGUUCGGCAAGAAGUUCGCCACCGGCGCCUCCGUCACCAAGGUCCCCAGCGGCGGCGAGGAGAUCGUCGUCCAGGGCGACGUCAGCGACGAGAUUGAGGAGUUCCUCCUCGAGCGCUACAAGGACAUCCCCGAGGACAACAUCGAGCUCGUCGACGACAAGAAGAAGAAGGCGAGUGCCAGCUGAGCAGGCGUCGUAUGCGCCGGCAGCAGACCGAGCGAGUACCAAUCUCUCGUUCCUUUGUAGUAAGAGAAGGCACACGGGGGGACGGCGGGACAGGGAUGGGUGGAAGAGAGUGAAGCCAAGGAAGGACAACGGGAUUGGGAAAUGAAGAAUGGACAUGUAGCAUACGGGCAGAAAAGUCAAACAGGAUUCUGAUUGUGACAACGGCCUAGACCUAGCACCCUUACCCUGCCAUACCUGGCCCCGCCCUGCCUUAUCCUGCCUUGCCUUAGCCGUAGACAGCCCCGAAAACGCCGGCAUGACACGAACGCCGUAAUUUUUGCUUGAUAUCACACGCAGCCGCCCCGCGACACACACACAUAUACACAACCUCGUACAAAAAACAUGCGUAUGCUCCGUCACUCGCGCCUAAUUCCUCUUCCGCAACGCUCUCCCCGUAGCCGCAGACGCGGUGCCUGCCUUGGCGGCGGGCGGCUUCUUGGUUGCUGGCGGCUUGGUUGCAUUCGCGGCCGCCUUCUUCGCGGCAGGGCCGGCAGCAGCAGAGGCCUUGGCGACGCGUCCGGCGCCGACCUUCUUCGUCGCCGUGGUUGACGUGCUGCCGUCGCUGCCGUCGUCGCUCG